AUGCUCUGGAAUUUCUGGCUCAUCAAUGUCGGCUCCUUCAUCUCCGUCUUCAUCUUCUCUCUGCUUUCGACCUCAGCUAUCAUCUACCUGGUGGCUUGCAUCUACGCUGCCAAGCAGAUUACUUUCAAGAAGAUGAUGAGUGUCAUGCCCACAGUGUGGAAGAGGUUCAUGGUCCCUUUCCUCUGGAGCUUCGCACUCUUCAUUGUUGUGGCUGUAGGGCUUCAGAUCGGAGUGGUCGCCAUCAUGAGACAAUUUUCAGUUGGCCCUGCACUUAGGAUUGCCGUGGCGGUCAUUCUCUUGAUCUUGUACGUUGUUGGGUUUGUUCAUAUCACCAUGAUUUGCCAAUUGGCGAGUGUGAUCUCGGUUCUUGAAGAUUUGUAUGGAAGGAAGGCGAUGGUGAAGAGCAAGGAACUGAUAAAGGGCACGAUGGGUCUAUGGGUUUGGUGUCUUCUUGGUGUCUUGGUGGACUCCGUGCUGGUUCAGGCACUGUUUGGAUCCCUUGUGUUCUUGGACGUGGUUCCUAUUGAAGUGACUUGA